AUGAUGAUGAUGAUGAUGAUGAUGAUGGAACGACCAAGCGUGUCUGAGACUCUGGGAGAUGCUGAUAAGGCCGCGCUGUCAUUAGUCAAUGACGCCGGCCAAGUUCGGCAGCAUGGUUUUUCCGGCUACCGUCGGGCCGGUCGGAUUCCGUGA